CCACCCGUCCUUCCUCUGCCGCGGUGGUGUUCGCUCCCCGCCGCGCCGUGCCGGGACGCGGUGGCCAUGGCGCUCUGUGCCCAGGCUCUGGAGGUCCAGCCCGAACUUUUCGUUCACAUGGCAGCAGCGAACAACACCCCUCCGGGCUCUCUGGAUCUCAACCAGCCAGGAUUUGCAAAGGAGAUCCUGGGAACGAAACUGGAGGUCAAAUACCUCUGCUCUGAUUGCAAGAAUAUAUUGAGGCGGCCGUUCCAAGCACAGUGUGGCCAUCGCUACUGCUCCUACUGCCUGAAAAAAAUUAUAAGUGCUGGACCUCAGAAGUGUGCCAGCUGCAUUCAGGAGGGGAUCUUCGAAGAGGGAAUUUCUAUUUUGGAAACAAGCUCGGCUUUUCCAGACAACGCAGCUCGUCGGGAGGUGGAAAGUCUGCCUGCUGUCUGUAUUAACAGUGGCUGCACUUGGAAGGGCACUAUUAAAGAAUACGAGGCUCAUGAUGAAGUCUGCCCUGAAUUCCCGCUGACUUGCGAAGGCUGUGGGAAGAAGAUCCCGAGGGAGAAGUUUCGGGACCAUGUGAAGAGUUGUGGCAGAUCUAAAGUGCCUUGCAGAUUUGAGGUUGUUGGAUGCACUGAGGUGGUGGAAAAAGAAGAGCUUCUCGAACAUGAAAGGAAGUGCUUGGCAGAGCAUCUCUACAUGCUGCUGAGUUUUGUGCUCAGCCUCAAGGCUGGGGCUGGAGACCUGAAGCCUCUUCUUGCCCUUUCCUCAUCACAAAGUGCCCCAGUGCUGGCAGAAAACUCAGAGUCGGAGGUCUCCAGGUCCCUGGAGCUCCUGGGAAGAUGUGAGACCCUUGAGAGGAAAACCAUGACCUUUGAGAACAUUGUCUGUGUGCUCAACCGGGAGGUGGAAAGAGUGUCUCUGACAGCCGAAGCCUACAACAGGCAGCAUCAGCUGGACCAGAAGAAGAUCGAGACGCUGAGUAACAAGGUCCGGCAGCUGGAAAGGAGCAUUGGGCUCAAAGAUCUGGCCAUGGCCGAGAUGGAGGAGAAAAUCCGCAACAUGGAAGCUUCCACCUACGAUGGUGUUUUCAUCUGGAAGAUAACAGAGUUUGCCCGGAAGCGCCAGGAGGCCAUCACAGGCUGCUCUCCUGCCAUCUUCUCUCCAGCUUUCUACACAAGCAAGUAUGGCUACAAGAUGUGUCUGCGCAUUUACCUGAACGGGGACGGCACCGGGCGUGGGACCCACUUGUCCCUGUUCUUUGUGGUGAUGAAAGGACCGAACGACGCACUGCUCCGGUGGCCCUUCAACCAGAAGGUAACGCUGAUGCUCCUGGACCAGAACAACCGGGAGCACAUCAUUGAUGCCUUCCGACCCGACGUGACAUCCUCGUCCUUCCAGCGACCAGUCACAGAAAUGAACAUUGCCAGUGGCUGCCCCCUCUUCUGCCCUGUCUCCGUGAUGGAAGCCAAGAAUUCCUACGUGCGGGAUGAUGCCAUCUUUAUUAAAGCCAUCGUUGAUCUCACGGGCCUCUAACCCUCACCUCCAGGAGCAGUGACCACAGAGCCAGCCCCGUGUGGGCCAUCCCCCUCUUGUGCUGCACUUCAGGCAGGUCUCGGAGAAAGGAGAGGGGGCAACACGUGGAAGGGGCAAAGCCCUUCCCAGAAAGGAACCUUCACUCUGGGUGGGAAUGAGGUGUCUGAUGGGAAUUCUCUUCCCUGGUGUGGCAAGACCUUCAUGAGAAGAGGUUUGGGUGGACGUUCACGGUUGCUGGGGUACAAGAAGGGACUGCAGGGACUUGGGGAUGUGGGAACCAGCACAACUCUUGCUCUGCCCCCUUAGUGCACACCUGCAGUGCUCUGUAGUAAAAGAAGUGUUUGCCCUGGCUCCACCUGGUGUGGGGGCUCGGCGCAGCAGCCCACAGCCAUCAAUGUGUGCCUGGGAGCUUCGUGCACAGCAGGGCCGGGAGCUGCGCGGCCGGCUCGGGGCAAGCUGGGCCAGAGAGGUGAGGAUCCCACCGCUGUUGUGGUGCUGCUCCGCACUGUGUGGGAGCAGAACCCCGAGUGUGGCUCUUGUCGUGUGCUUGGUGGCUGGUUUAGCAGCACAGAGUCAGACUGCUUUGGGUCAGAGGGACCUUAAAGCUCCUCCAGUUGUGCUGUGGCCAUGAGUGGCUCUGGCGAGCCAGUACCCAGGCUGGGCUCCAGGCUUUGCUGCCUUCUCUUCCUGCACCGCGGCCAGUGUCUGAACAUGCCCCAGGGGAUGGUUUGUUGGUCAGAGGAGACGGGUGCUUGCAGUGAUGGUGCAGGAGGCCCCUCAGCACCUGUGCUGCUCUGGGCAGGAGGGUGGGCAGUGGGGCAGGAAUCGGUCACACUCCUUCACAGUUCAUGUGGAUCAAGCUUUGAGCCCUGCUUUGAAGUCUCCACGUGGAUCUUAACCCGGGCAUGCAGGGCUGGGACAGACUCUGCUGCUCCAGCAGCAGGAGGGCGGCAGGAGCCAGCGAGGAGGGACCUGCCUGGUACGGCUGCUGUCAUUCUGCUGUAGUUGCAGGCAGGGCCCUGAUUGUUUCUUCCCGGAGGCAGAUGGUCAAUAACUGUGUCCAGCUCACAGGCAGCUGCCUGCACCCUGCUCUGGUGUGAGGGGACCCAUCCUUUGUGCACCCCCCCCAGCCUAUCCCUUGGGGCAGACCCAGCUGCAUGUUGCUGCUCUCACCCUGUUGCCCUGGGAGGAAACAAAAGCCAAAUAAAUCCCAGAACCCCCACACAUACUUCCAACAGAUCAGGCCUGAAGGCAGCCGCCAGCCUGGAAAUGGGGAAGAAAGCCAUUUCUGGACAUUCAGCUGUUGGGAAUUGAGUGUAUUUUAUGGGUGGGAAGAGGCUUGGUGGGAGUUGAUGCAGCUUUGCUCUUGGAGUGCUGGACACCCAUUGCCACCAGCCAAGCAGUGCUGAGGGGCCCUGUUGAGACACCAGUGCAGGGCAGGGGGGAGGUUUCAGGGUCGGUCCCCCCCAUCCCAGCAUGUGUCUGGAGAACGUGUGGAAGAGCCCAAGCUUGGGGUGCAGCUCAGGCUGGUCCCUCCCAGCUGGGCCCUGCCUCAGGAGCUGUUACCUGUGGUGCUGGGGCUGCAGCGUGGCCUGAGCUGUGUGCAGGGGCUGGGGCUGGCAUAGGGUGGGUCAGGGAGCCCCAGCGCAUCUGGGCAGCAGGAGCAAGGUUGUGUUCCUUGAGGAUGGAAACUGGUCAGAACCACCAAUAAAGCUGUUU